ACGGAGCUGAUUUAAAUUGGAUAAUGAACUAGUUAUUUCUUUUUAACGAAACGUAACAGUUAUCGAUAAAUUUCUUAAUGUGCGCUUCUAAUUUACUGUGUAAUUUCGGUUUGAGUCAAUAAUUUACUACAAUUCCACGGCAUACAAUAAAGUUACGACUAAAGUACAUAUAUACCGCAUUAAACAAUGUCCUUUUCGUUCGGCACACCUACAACAAAUACUGGCUUGGGCGGCGGCACUGCUGCACCAGCAACAGGCGCCUUCAAUUUUGGCGGGCGACCUGCAACAAGCGCCCCGCCGCCAGCAUUUGGCGCUGCUACGGCCACCUCGAGUCUUGCCGGAGCAGCGGGUGCUGUGGUGGGCGCAGCGGCACCCAGUUUUAAUUUUACGCCGACAGCAGCAAGUGCGGCGCCAACGCUCAGUUUCGGGUCACCAGCGUCAGCUGCAGUUGCUCCAAUGAGUGGCGGGCUCUCCCUGCCUGCCUUUGGCAGUACCGCAGCUGCACCUGCAUUUGGCGCAGCUACCACAGCUUCAACCUUUGGUGCGACUACCGCAGCGCCUGCAUUUGGAGGAACUGCAGCAGCACCCGCUUUUGGAGCAAGUGCAGCAGCGCCCGCUUUUGGAGCAGUGACUACGACGCCAUCGUUUGGCACUCUCGCUUCUGCGCCCGCCUUUGGAACGGGCACCACAGGCUCCACUUUUGGUGCGCCCGCUGCUGCAGCUCCUGCUUUUGGCAGCACUGUAGGUUCAGCACCUCCUUUUGGAAGCAUUGGAGGCGUAGCAACUGGUUUUGGAGCUUCUGCCGCUGCACCUGCGUUCGGCACAGCAACCGCGUCCGUGGCGCCAACCUUCAAUUUUUCCACCCCUUCAAACGCGCCUACCACAGCGCCGCCUGCCUUCGGAACAACAGCCAUGCCUGCCACAUUGGGAGCAGGUGGCGGCGCGUUUUCAUUCAACAAGCCACUGGCAACAACCGCAGCCAGUUUAAACUUCAAUACGACCACGACCACAGCCACAGCGCAGCCAUUCAAUGCGAAUAUGCGACUAGGCGGUUCGUUUGCUCCCGCAGCUACGGGAGGUAUCUUUGGUAAGCCGUUAACAACGGGCCCACAGCCGGCAACAUCAGCUGCGCCUCCUGCAUUUGUGGGCUUAGGCGGCAUCGACGUAAGCGCCUCUCAGCCCAAGCUGGGCGACAAUAAACAGGACGGAAUUAAGAUCAAGGAGACCCAAGUGCCGGAUGAAAUAGUCAAGACCGUGGAUGCUCUUAAGGGUUAUAUCAAACAGCAAAAGACAAUAUCAUCGGACAUUGGACGUACCUCGACCUCCAAGCUGAGCAAUGUGAGUCACGAGAUUACGAAUUUGCGCUGGGUUCUUCAGAACGUGGCCAAUUCGGUGGAUGCCAACAAUCGCCAUAUCAAGCAGCUGCGUAGCGAAACAGCAAAGGCCAUACAGUCUCUGGAGAUGGCUCAGCGUACGCAGGACACGCCGGCAGGUCUGCAGUUCGAGAAUGCAGCGCCGUUCCAAUAUUUUCAGUGCCUAGUUGCUAAGUACGAGGAGGACCUAAUUGCAUUUCGACAGCAAAUCUUGCAAACGGAAAACCAUAUGCAGGCGCUAGCCAAUCCACAAAGCAUAUCGCCAGACGAUCUGAAGCGAGGCUUUCGCCAGUUGAACGAAUCCUUUAUCUCGCUGGCCGGUCGCCUACACGAGCUCCACCAACGCGUCGAGGAGCAAAAGGAGCACUAUUUGAAUCUACGCCGAUAUCGUAUGCGCGAUGCCACCAAUGUGUUCGCCGCCAUCGAAACUUCAUCCGUGCAGCUAAUAGAGCCACAGCGCAUCAGCAGCGGUCCGACGCCCUUCACCAACAUCUCAGCGAUGAGCACGCUGAACAAGAGCUACGCAGCUGCCUCAGCGGCUACGGCCAGCAAUGCAACCUCAUCCAAAUGAUGCACAGAUGAUUAGGUUUUAGUUGUUAUGUUCUAAUCGAUCAGUCAAUAAAAUUAUUAAAACAUAAUCAUCGAA